AUGGUGCCACCGCCAGGCUUCAUUGACUUGUCUACGGCGUACAAAAGCCCUGCCAGCUCCCUGAUCAACAUUAUUGGCGUUGUGGUUGACGUUAUGCAGCCGAGACAAGCCUCCACAGGCCAAUAUAUGUUCACCUUCAAACUGCUUGAUCCGAAGUUGCAGAACUCAAUUCAUGGCUCGGAGGGGCUCACUGUACGCUUCUUCAACGCAGAUGUAAGCAAGCUGCCUCAGGUUCGCGAAUAUGGCGAUGUUGUGCUGCUGCGGAAUAUGAAAACAAUGUCUUUUAACGGCCAACCUUUGGCGGUGUCCAACUUCCAGACUAACGUGCAAGUCUUUCCAUCUGCGGCUGUACCGGCGCCCACGUACAGUAUCACGUAUCACGGCACGAACAGGCUGCAUUCUUUGGGCGUCCCGGCAGAUGUUGAGAAGCUGACGCUGGAAGAACAAGCGUAUGUAAUCCAGCUAAAGGCAGACAUUAACGUUACGACCCACCUUCUUCGGACAGGUGUCGCGGGCUUGGGAAAGAAACGCAGCAACGAGGCUCCUCCGCUUCCAGCACCGAUCGGGAAGAAAGCGCGCAUCUCAGACAUUGGUCCGAAAUUUCGUCUUGUAGAGGAGUUGCGCCAUAAGGUGUUCAGUGACGUGGUUGUCCAAGUCGUGAAGAAGUUCUCAAACAGCUUCGGGUCAUGCGAACUGUACGUGACGGACUACACGGAGAACAAAGACAUGUGGUACUACAAGCCGCCGGAAGAUCUCACGACAAGCGAGCGGGACGGCGAUGAUUUUGGCUAUAACCGACCCGCAAAGAAGAACUGGCCUGGUCCGUACGGCUGGCUUGUACUAAAAGUCAAUCUCAAGGAUCCGCAUGCACAAUUUGUCAACGCCAAGAUCAGCGAGGGUGAUUUUGUCAUCCUUCGAAACGUGAAGAUGAAAAUCAUGAUGGAGGGCGCGAAGCUUGAAGGCGAUAUGUGGCCGGACGAUCAGAGCCCGGAGAGGGUCAAGGUUGUGAAGCUGAUGAACCAAGACCUCCCGGAGAUCAAGGAGCUCCUACUCCGCAAGGAGAAGUAUUGGACGAAACGGCGCGCACAGCAUCCCGAACUCUACCCGUAUCAAGAGGAAGCACAAGCCAAGGAGAGCAAGAAGGACAAGAAACGUCGUAAGAAGGCCGAGAAAUUGGCGCAGGAAGAAGCAGCCGCCGCGCAGGCAGCAGAGCGGAACAAGCACGUCCGCUGCAGUAACGAAGAGGUGCAGCUAAUCAGUAUCCGUAACAUCCUCGACGCGGAAAACACCCGCCACAACAACACCACACCAGAUGGUCAUAGCUACGUCCUGCCCUUCAUUAACGCCCAAUACAGAACCAAAGCGCACAUCGUAGACUUUGAGCCCAAAGCGCUCGAAGACUUCGCCACGCCUGCCGUGCCCGAAAACGAAGAAAAUGACGAGCCGUCACCCAUAGAUCACAUGGACUACGAGGCGACGCAGAAGUACGAAUGGUAUUUCUCACUCUUACUCGAAGACGUGGCAGAUACUGCACCUGCGAAGGCAGCCGCGGACGACAGAUCGCGCGUGUGGGUUCAUGUGCGACAUCAGGACGCGCAGUAUCUCUUUGGCAACGCUGUGGAUGACCCGAUGGAUUUGAAGACAAGUCCGCAGUUGCUCGCGAAGCUGAAGGAGAAGCUAUGUAUCCUUUGGGGCAAUCUAGAGGAGAGGGCGGAGGGUGAAGUGUUGAGUAAUCGGCCGUUCGAGUGUUGUUUGCAGGAGUACGGCAUUCAGCUGGACGCGGAUGAUCCUGAACGGGCGAAUGUACCGUUUGGGUAUAGAAAGCUGUUUCGCUUGUUUGGCACAACCAUAUUGUGA